AUGUCCUCAUACGAUAAAGUCAAAAGUCAACAUACAAGUGCCGAGGAACACUACAAGGCCACGACAGCCCGAAUCCAGAAGAUACAAGCUCACCUUGAGAAUACGAGACGAGGAGAGAAGCUCAGCGGCAAAGUUUGCAUCAUUACCGGUGUCGGAUCGUUGAAAGGAAUUGGGCGUGCCGCGUCGAUCCUGUUCGCUCACGAGGGCGCAAAACAUCUUUAUCUCAUUGACUUUGAUCCUACGAACCUUCCCAACCUGAAGGAAACCAUCCAAAGGAAGUACCCUGACGUCCAGGUCACCACCAUCCAAGCCGACGCAGCCGAUGAAAGUGCUAUUUCAGGAGUCUGUGAACAGGCCCUGCAAGAAGAAGGCAGACUAGACGUCUUCUUUGCAAACGCUGGGAUUGCUUCUCGAAAUGGCCUCCAGGAUACGUCAGCAGACACGUUCAUGAAUUCUAUGAGAGUAAACGCGCUCUCUUGUUUCCUCGCCAUCAAGUACGCGUCGGCGGCCAUGUUAAAGACAAAUGCGUCUAGAGGGAAGAACAUGAGCAGUGGAAGCAUCAUAAUGACUGCAUCUGUCGCCGGAAUCCGCUCGGGAGCUGGUACCAUUGACUACAGUGCAAGCAAAGCCGCGGUGAACUCACUGGCGAAGACCUCUGCCUAUCAGCUUCAGAAGACAGACAUCCGCGUGAACACCAUUUGCCCUGGUCUCAUUGAAACAGGGAUGACAGGCGACACUUUCGACUUUGCUCGCUCGCGUGGUACUGCAGGGAAGAUUGGCCAACUCAAUCCUUUGGGACGAUUUGGUGUAGCUGAGGAAAUUGCGAACGCAGCGUUGUUUCUGGCAUCAGACGAUUCAAGUUAUGUGAAUGGUCAGAAUAUUGCAGUUGAUGGCGGGUUGUCAGCUUCCCAUCCCGUCGUUCCCGGAAGAUGGGCCUAGGGAACAAUAUUCCAAGGGCCAGUGUUAUUUUCGGAAGGAUAUAUACCUGUCGCACAUCUAGCAAACUACAUGCCAUGGCUGGUUCAUGGAGUUUGAUACUAUCGGCUGUCUCAAAACGAGAACCGCAGAAGAUGCAC